AUGUUGGCAGCCGUGGGGUCCUCCUGUUUCCCAGACGGAACGUCCAUGAUGGACUCUCUCACCGAGCAGGACCUCGUCGACCACUGCGUCAUCGUGGGUCCCGGCCAACAACAGACUUCCUCCUCCUCCGUCCCCUCUGCGCCUCCGGAAGCCACCCUCGAAAUCGAGGUCGAACCCCACCCCACCCACCACAUCGAACUCGACGACAACGACCACCUCCCCCCCUCCACCCCAGAAGAAGAAGAAGAUCCCUGCCCCCAAGAAGACGAUGACCACGAAAUCAUCACCACCCAACAAGAAGACCCUUCCCCCCAACAACUCACCACCACCACGACGACGCGAAUCGUAUACUCACACUCGGCCAGACUAGGUGGCCAACUCGUCACCGUGCUCACCCACGCCCCCCACCCACCCGACCCCCACCAACUCAGUCACACCCACUUCGCCACGGUCGACGGCUCCGAACAUUCACACCAUCGCCUCCUCGUCGUCGUACCGCAGGGGUCGACGUCGAGCUCUGGGACGGGAAAUAACCCGGGUAACGGUGGUGGUGGCCCUAAUACUACCCGACUCCACAGUCUCCUCACAACAAAGCCGGGCGAACUUCACCACCAUCCCACAGUCCUCGUCCACUCUUCACCGCAGCAGCAACAGCAGCACGCCGUUCAUCAACAACAUAUUACCAACAACCAACAACUUAUCCUGCACCACCACGGCCAACAACACGUCAACUUUUCCGACGGUGACGAUAACCCUCCCCCGGAAGACUUAUCCAUCGUCCCCUCCUCCCCGCAGCAGGACGAAGACGACGACAACCACCAUCAUCACGAUAUCCUGUCCAAAUCUCAUCAACACCACCACCACCUCGCCACCCUCACCGUCAUAGUGCCCCCUUCCUCGUCCUCGCACCACCACCAAAUCACCGCUAAAGAAGAACUAAUCGACCCCACCCCCGAGGAAGAGGACGAAGAACAAGUCCACCAUCAACACCUCCACCUCCAACAAGAAGACGACGAUCACGACCCCCACGGUGGGGCGGGUGGCGAAUCCACCACCAUGAUCUGUGACGGGGCCGAGUUCCGCUUAAAUUCGCAUCACCACCACCACCACCACCACACCCACCAUGCGAUCGACCACCACGGCCAGGUCGUUACUGUCGUCGGGUAUUCCCCCUCGAAUAAUGGGCGUCUCUCGCCCUCCGGGGGGCCCGGGGGGGAUGAGUACGAGCACCAUUCUCCUUCCUCGAACAAUAAUAAUAACGCGUCCUCCCCGACGAACUCUUCCUCCCAGAAUAAUUCUUCUUCGUCCCCCUCCGUCUCCACGAAUGGGGGGCAGUACGCGACCCUCACGCCGCUCCAACCGCUCCCCCCGAUUUCCACGAUGACGGAUAAGUUCACUUAUCAGUCGUCCUACCAUGCUCACGCGCACCACCACCACCACCACUCGCACAACGGGGGGAUGGUGACUGGCCUGUAUUCCAGUGGGGGCGGGGGCGUUUCGGGGGGUGGUGGGGGGUAUGAAGUGGUCAAGUUGAGUAUGAGUCCGACCCCGGGACAGCAGCAGCAUCACGGGCAUUACGGGGGGACGGGUGGGGGAGGUUCCCCCAGUGGGAAUAAUGGGUUGGGGUCGCCAUCCUUUCAUCAUCACCAGCAGCAGCAGCAGCACCAUCAGCAGCAGCAGCAGCAGCAUCACCACGGGGGGCAGAAUGGGGGGUUGUCGAAUUCGCCCAAGGCGCUAAGUCCGGGGGAAUAUGGGGGUGGGGGUGGGUUUCGGGGGAGAGGGUCGGAAUCCCCGUCGGGGGAGGAGCAGCACCAUGUCGGACAUCAUCAACAGCAACAACUCAAUCUCACUUUUACGACGGUCAACCAAAGUUCGAGUAACGGGUUGAGUCCGCAGCAUCAUAAUAGUUCCAAUUCACACUCAAGCCCACCACUCACCGCGGUCGUGGUGGCGCACAGAGACGCCAACUCACCCUCCUCCCUCCUACAUCCGGUCCUCCACUCGAGUAAGACGAACGCUACGACGAUAAGUACCCCGGCUGGGUCGGGGGGAUCUACGUCCUCCUCGACCGGCUCGACUUCCGGUGGCGGCGGGGGCGGCGGUGGGGGUGGAGAACUCGAAGAAAUCAACACCAAAGAACUCGCCGCCCGGAUUUCCGCCGAGCUGAAGCGCUACUCCAUUCCGCAGGCGAUCUUCGCGCAGCGCGUGCUCUGUCGCAGCCAGGGCACGUUGAGCGACCUCCUCAGGAAUCCCAAACCCUGGAGCAAGCUGAAAAGCGGGAGGGAGACGUUUCGCCGGAUGUGGAAGUGGUUGCAAGAGCCCGAAUUUCAAAGAAUGUCUGCUCUCCGUUUGGCAGGUAAGCAGUCGAGUACGUCGUGCGGGUAUUCGUCCUCCUCCUCUGGCGGCGGGGGUGGGGGUGGGACCGGCUCUUCUUCUGGGGGUUGUGUCGGCGGGGGGCUGAUGGGACCUCCGGCCGCGGGAGUGUCUCCUUCCUCCGCAUCGUCGGCCACACCUUCCUCCUCAUACGUCCAAGACCACCCCUUCGAUGUUGAUCAAUCCUCCUCCUCCUCGAAUUAUUACGGUCCUCCUUCCACCACGCUGGGUCAUUCCAUCACGGCGUCGUCCUCCUCCUCUUCCGACGCCACGCCCUCCAUCCUCCUCCAACAACGCCAUCACACCGUCCUCGUCGCCGCCGCCAACGUCAACAACAACAACAACAUCAACCACACGAAUGUGCAUGCAUGCAAACGGAAGGAGGAUCAAACUUCCACUUCGGAACAUCCGCCAACCACGCCCAAGAAACCCAGACUCGUAUUCACAGACUUGCAGCGGCGUACACUCCAAGCCAUUUUUAAGGAGACGAAACGCCCCUCGAAAGAGAUGCAGGUCACGAUAGCACGCCAACUGGGUCUCGAACCUACCACGGUGGGGAACUUUUUUAUGAAUGCGCGACGACGUUCGAUGGACAAGUGGAAAGAAGAGAAUGAACCCUCCCCCAAAAGCAACAGUUCCAACGCCGGGUCCACCACGCCCAACGGAAUCCACGCCGGAGGGGAAAGUGACGACCAUGACCAUGACGUCUUGUGACCCGAUUCACCACCACCACAAAAUGACGACGAAGACGAAGAUGAAGAUGCCGAUGACCAUAAUAAUAUUCACGAGUCAGCAGAAUGAAUAAAUAAAUAAAAAUACGACCCUCCAAACAAAAUACAGAUAAAAAAACCACAACAAGUAGCCUUCUCUUUUACACACACCAAAAUAUUCUUCAUAUUCAGUGAGACAGACAGACACACUUUUUUAUUAAGAAGCAAGCAAGAAACCAAAGAAAGAAAGCAUGAAAAUCACCAAUUUUCCAGUCAGAGACAAAUAAUUUAUGUAAUUUCACUCAGAUUUUUUGUUCAAAAAGCAACGUUUUGAUCUCAGUUAUUGUGUAAAAAAAUAUUGUUUAGUCAGAAACAUUCCAUUUUUAGUCAAGAAACGAAAUAUUAAUUGUGUUAUUUAUGUUAUGUUAUGUAUUUAUCUUUUAUUAGUCAGAAAUGAGUUUAAAAAUACGUGGAAAAAUAUUUAUUUAGUCAGAAACAUUCCACUUUUUUUAAGUCAAGAAACGAAAAUGAUUGUGUUAUGUACUUAUCUUUUAGUCAGAAAUGAGUAAUAUUUCAUUUUUUUAGUCGAGAAACGAAAAUAAUUAUGUUAUUUAUCUUUUAUUAGUCAGAAAUGCGUUUAAAAAUAUAUCUAAAAAUAUUUAUUUCGUCAGAAACAUUCCAUUUUUUAGUCAAGAAACGAAAAUAAUUUAUGUUAUUUAUUUAGUUAUCGUUUUUAGUCAGAAAUAUUUAAGUUCAAUCAAAAAAUUCCGUAAAUGCAUUCCUAUAUUUUUUUAAAUAAUUUUGUGAUCUCGUUUUCUAGUAUAUUUUGACAAAUUGUUAAACAUGUCAUGUUUUGUUACACAAUUUUGAUACAUAUUUUUGUUAAUUUUUAAAAAUCUCUGGCGAUGAUCAUGAUCGAUGAUGACGACGAUCUCGGUUUCUUCGUGUAUGUAAAAUUAAUCGUGUAUUAAUUCUUAUCAUCCUCGCGCUUUCCUCCUCGUACAUAUUUACAUAAUAGAAUUUCCUCCACCACCACAACCACACCCACCCAGUCAGUAAAGUAUAAAAGUAUAAAAUAAUAAUAUUCACAAAACGAAGUAGAAGAUUUCCGACUUCUUCUUUUCACAAAAAGUCAAGUGUGUGACGUAUAUAAAAUAUGCAAUGCAACCUUUAUGAAAGACAUAAUUAGUGAAGAAACAAAAAAAAACAAAGUUUUUUAUGUAUGCAGAAAUAUAA